AUGUCUGCUACGAAAGCAGCGUCAAGGAAACGGGAAUCCGAACUCGAUCGCACCAAAACUGACAAGAAGAGCCGAUCAGAUAAACAAAAUUUCGAUCUCGAUUUGGAUUUUGAUAUCUCUGAUGAUCUUAAAGGAAUCGUGUCGGCCUUGAACCUGAUAAGAGAUAAGGCGCAGAAGGACGGCCAGAAGAAGAACGAAGAGACUAUUUCUAGUGUUGCCUCUGAGAUUAAGUCUACUAUUGAGGGAUUGAGGACCAAAUUUGAGAAGGAAAGGCAAACAUUUGCUAAGGCGCUUUCAAAGAGUUCCAAAGAGUUUGAAAGUUCUUUGAAGAACGAAACUACUAAGUUUCAAGCACUUCAUGAGAAUUUUUACAAAGAGAAAGCCUCUUCUCUUCAGGCCUUUCAAGAUAUUAUUUCCAAAUUUGAAGAAGAAAAGGAAAAGCUAUUCUUGAGAUAUGAGCAACUGAGGAAGAAGGAAAAAGCUAUGAUAUCAGAACAAGAGAAAUCCUGUAAUGAUAAAAUUACCCAACUUGAAGGGUCACUCAAAAAGAAGAAAAAGGAUGAUAAAACUUUCAGCAUGCUAAGGAAAACUCUUGGUUCAUUCUUGGAGAGUACCUCGGAUGAUGAUUUCCCACCUGAUGACUGA